CCGGUCUUCAAAACUCUCGGGAUCCUCACAACUACGACAGAACAUCAAGCCAUAGGUUUUAUCCACGCUUUUCUCUCGAAGAGUUCCUCGAGAUGCCUAGAAAAUUGGCGGACUACAUUAAGCCACAACCGCCAGAGGCCGUGAUUCGCAUUCGCAACUCGGGCCUCGCAAUGUCGUCUUUCAUCCUGCUCGUCUACUUAUUGGACAUCAAGCCCUUGUCUCUAGUUAGAUGCUGGAGGGUGGCUUUUGCAAAGGAUAUAAGCGUGUACGGUGUCGGGCCCGUAGGAUGGUGGGUGAACGUGAUCGAGCUCGCCGUCCUCACCCUCCUCUUCCUCAACAUUCUCCAGUGUCUGUACGCCCUCACGUACCCGCCAUCACCACCACCACCGACGCCUGCGUCUUCCCGCAAGAAAGUUGCAUUCACGCCGACGAGCUCGCCAAGUAGCGGCUCGAAGCGAAAGCUGCUAGGAGCGUCAACGAGUACCUCCCCGUCGGCUUCUCUUUCUCAAUCGCAGUUCCCAUUCCGCGCUUCUGCUUCGGGAUAUCCUCCCAGCCCGUUGUCCACCCCCUCUCGACCACUCAACUACUCUCUAUCCUUCCCAUCCUCCUCGACGUCCCUCUUCGAUUCCGCGUCUUCGAGUUUUAGCUCGAGUGGGAUUGGCUGGUCACCGAGCAAGUCGCCGCUGCUGAGGUAUAAGGGAAAGAAAGGUGGACGUGCACUCGAUAGCUCCCUUCUUACGCACCUGAUGAAUGAUGACAGCUAUGAUGAAUAGACCCUCCAAAUUUUCCCUGAUCUUGUUUGCUUCUUAUAGUUGCUUUGUCUACAGUACUUAAUGUAACAGUCUUUAAGUCAGUGUAACGG